AUGGCUCCUCCCCCAAAAAAGGUCGAGGAAAGCGAGGAAGAGGAGUCCUCUGAGCUAGAGGAAAGCAGCGGAGAAGAGAUGAUCCCUCAGAAGAAGCCACAAAAAGCAGCAGUUACACCAGCCAAGAAGGCUGCUACCCCUGCAAAGAAGGCUGCUACUCCUGCGAAAAAGGCAAUUACGCCCGCCAAGAAGACUGUGGCUACUCCAGCUAAAAAGGCUGUUGCUCCAUCACCUAAAAAGGCUGCUGUCCUAACCAAAGGAGCGAAAAAUGGAAAGAAUGCCAAGAAGGAAGAGAGCGAGGAGGAAGAUGAAGAUGACGAGGAAGAUGAGGAGGACGAGGACGAGGAAGAAGAUUCUGAUGAGGAAGAGGAACCAGCAAUGCCUGUGAAGCCUGCAGCCAAAAAGCCUGCAGCAGUACCAGCCAAAAAGCCUGCAGUUGUGCCAGCAAAGCAAGAAUCUGAAGAAGAAGAGGAGGAAGAUGAUGAUGAUGAGGAGGAAGAUGAUGAGUCUGAAGAUGAAGCUAUGGACACAACCCCUGUUCAAGUGAAGAAACCUACUCCAGCAAAGGCCGCACCAGUGAAAGCCAAGGCAGACUCUGAAGAUGAGGAAGAUGAAGAGGAUGAUGAUGAAGAUGAGGAUGAAGAGGAGGAGGAUGAAGAGGAUGCUGAGGAGGAAAGUGAGGAUGAAAAACCUGUCAAGGAAGUACCUGGAAAGAGGAAGAAAGAAAUGGCCAAUAAAAGUGCACCGGAGGCCAAGAAAAAGAAAACAGACGGGCCCACUUCAGCUUUCUCCCUUUUUGUGGGAAAUUUGGUCUCCACCAAGGAAUAUGAAGAACUGAAGACUGGCAUCAAAGAAUUCUUUGGGAAGAAGAAUAUCGAAGUUUUAGAUGUCAGAAUUGGUGCUUCCAAGCGGUUUGGCUACGUAGACUUUUCGUCUGCUGAAGAUCUGGAUAAAGCUCUCCAACUAAAUGGGAAGAAGUUAAUGGGUUUGGAAAUCAAACUGGAAAAAGCAAAGAGCAAGGAAACGAUGAAAGAAAAUAAGAAAGAGAGAGAUGCUAGAACACUGUUUGUGAAGAAUCUGCCCUACCGCUUAACUGAAGAUGAAAUGAGAGAUGUGUUUGAAAACGCACUAGAAAUCCGAAUAGUAAUGAACAAGGAGGGGAACAGCAAGGGGAUGGCCUAUGUUGAAUUUAAAACAGAAGCUGAGGCAAACAAAGCUCUGGAGGAGAAGCAGGGCACAGAGAUUGAUGGUCGUGCCAUGGUCAUUGACUUCACUGGGGAGAAGAGCCAUCAAGAACAUCAGAAAGGAGGUGGAGAGAGGGAGUCAAAGACCCUGAUUGUCAACAACCUCUCAUACGCUGCUUCAGAAGAGACUCUCCAAGAACUGUUUAAGAAAGCUUCUUCCAUCAAGAUGCCACAGACCAACCAGGGCAGGCCGAAAGGGUAUGCGUUUGUAGAAUUUCCCACAACUGAGGAUGCCAAAGAGGCAUUGAAUUCCUGUAACAACACGGAGAUUGAAGGCAGAGCAAUCAGACUGGAAUUCAGUUCACCAGCAUGGCAGAAAGGGAACAUGAAUGCAAGAGGAGGAUUUAAUCAACAAAGCAAAACGUUGUUUGUCAGAGGCCUUUCUGAGGACACCACAGAGGAGACACUAAGAGAAUCAUUUGAAGGCUCUAUAAGUGCUAGAAUAGUCACAGACAGAGACACUGGGUCGUCUAAAGGGUUUGGGUUUGUGGACUUCAGCUCCCCAGAAGAUGCCAAAGCAGCUAAAGAAGCCAUGGAGGACGGAGAGAUAGAUGGAAACAAAGUGAUCCUUGAUUUUGCCAAGCCAAAGGGUGAAUUUCAACGGGGCGGCGGAUUUGGCGGUGGAUUUGGUGGUCGUGGCGGCAGAGGAGGAGGCCGAGGAGGAAGAGGUGGAUUUGGUGGCAGAGGUGGUGGCAGAGGAUUUGGAGGUAGAGGAGGUGGCUUCCGAGGAGGCAGAGGAGGAGGUGGAGAUCACAAGCCGCAAGGGAAGAAGAUAAAGUUUGAAUAAACUUCCCCUUUUCUUUCCCUUCUCCUGCUCUCUGAGACUAUCUGAAAGGACUCCGGGGGUUUUUAUUCUCCUUUUAUCUUGGCGGAGCCUUUGGAGGACAUUCCAAGAUGCGAAGCAGUACUGUGAGCCACUUGGAAGAUACAAUUUUCAUUUCAAGGAAGAGAGAGCAAGCCAUUUUGACUGCUUGCCUAUUCAAAUGAACUUUUUAAAAAAUGAGCGAUAGAUGUGGGAGUUUAGCCCUUGUCUGUGAGUUGUCUUGAAUUUAUAAUGUUUUACCCAUGUACAAAAAUAUUUUUUUUUUCCCCCUAUAAACUUCUGUAGCAUUUUUGCUGUAAAAAUGCAGAAUGUUUUAUCAUUUGUGCUUCAGCACCCUGUCUUGGACAGAUUAAAGGACCUAAACUGGUUCGUGUUACUUCUGUGCCGCUAAAUGAAGCAGAGCUGUGAGAAAUAGCCUGUCUUGAGCCUUCUCUCUCUUAAGGUCAUUAAUGUCGCAGGCAGCAGCUACUGUCCUGCUGCUGCUCUAGCCUGUGUCAGCUCCCAGCAAUGUACCUGUGCGAUGCUUGGAGUGCUUGCGGGAAGGAGUAGGGGAGAGGAAUACGAUGGCUGAGGUAAGCCCUGUGCCUACAACCAUACUUUUAUUUUUGGUUUUUUUUUCUUACUGAAGAUGUAUGUAAUGUUGCAUGCUAGCCAAUUGCUUUUUUACUUUUUUUAAACAAAUGAGUAAAUUGGAUCUUGUACUAA